AUGAAGGUUUCUUUCAGAAGGGCUAUGCUCGAUCAGCUCCGUCACAUACCGGAGGUGUCAACAUUCUCGGUCGACCUUACUGGCAAAGUCGUGAUUGUCACGGGCGCCAAUGUCGGACUGGGCUAUGAAACCGCGAAACAUCUUGCUACAAUGAGCCCUGCAAGAUUAAUUCUCGCUUGUCGCGACCAGCAAAAGGGUGACAAGGCUGUCGCCGACAUUGUGCGCAAGACGGGAUGCAAGACUGUGACAUGCUGGAAGGUAGAUAUUUCUGAACCAUCGAGCGUGGAGGCUUUUGCCGACCGAUUUGCACGCGAAGGUGGCGAAAAGUUGGACAUCCUGAUUGAGAACGCCGGUGUUAACACGUUCAAGUUCACACGUACUCCCAUGGGCUGGGAACGCACUAUUGGGACUAAUCACCUAGGCACCGCGCAUCUGACAUUCCGUAUGCUCCCAUAUCUUCUACGGGCGGACAAGCCAAGACUGGUGAUCGUCGCGAGCGACACGCAUUAUUGGGUUACCGACCCUGAAGGCGCAGACACGGAAGACGUAUUGCAGAAGCUGAACGAAGAGGGGAGAAAGGGCAAGUUUUACGGCCAGUUCAACCGCUAUUUCGUCUCGAAGCUGUUCAACGUCCUCUUUGUCAGGGCAUUUGCCACUCACCUUCCGGAAGGAACCCAUCUCACGGUAAACGCUGUCAAUCCCGGAUUGUGCAAGUCCUCCCUCGUGCGUGAGGUGAACCCUGUGCUGGCUGGAGUCAUGCGUCUCUUCUCCCGCUCAACAGAAACAGGAAGCAGGAUGUUUGUGCAUGCAGCAAUAUCCCCCGCUCUUUCCAAUACGACGGGGCAGUACUUGAACGUAUGCCAGGUUGAUGAACCCAGCGACUUUGCGAUCUCCCAGCGAGGGGCAAGCGCUAGUAUGCGCCUUUGGGAUGAAACUAUUGCAGUCUUGUCAGAUGUGGAUGGGCAAUCCGGAGAGCCAAACCGAAAGUGGAUGAAAGAGUUUGGAGCUGUGUACAAGUACACUGGGUGCUUCGGGGGCGAAUUCCUGGUCUUAAAUGACGCUGCCGCUAUUCAGCAUGUCUUACGGGGGCAGACUACGAGUUAUCGUUUGGACAAGGCCAUGAGAGAGUUUUUACGUCUGGUAACGGGGGAAGGACUGAUAUGGGCUGACGGCUCCGACCACGUAAGGCAAAGACGCCUGCUCUCUCCGGCUUUUAAUCCAGUCUUUAUCAAGUCCCUUGCACCUAAAUUUGCGAGCUGCGUUUCCAAGCUUGUCAAAGUGUGGCAUAGGCAACUCGAUACGUCUGAAAACACAGAGAUCUAUGUGGAAGUCAAUGCACAUCAUUGGAUGGAACUGCUAAACAUGGAGUCGCUGGGUAUCACUGCCUUUGGUCUCACCUUUGGUACUAUGGAAGGGGAUAAUCACCCACUCCAAACUGCCUAUGCCGGUAUGCUGCAUCACGCUUACGGACGCCCAACCAGGAUGAGUAUUGCCAUGCAAUCUGCUGCUCUGCACACUCCUGCAUUCCUUGUUCACUUGAUCCAGAAACUUCCCGUUCCGAGUAUGGAGAGAGUGAAAACAGCACAGAGCGUCGGCCGAAGAUUCUCGCAGGAGCUGAUUCAGGAGAAACGUCGACUGCUUGCGACUAAUCCGCAACUGGAAGAUCGCGAUUUCCUCACGGUAUUGGUACGCGCAGGGGAGAAAGGCCAGAAGGGAAACCUCGAGAGCAUGACUGACGAUGAUAUCCACAACAACCUUACAACAUUUUGGCUUGCAGGGUUCGAGACAGCGACGAACACAAGUGCUUUCGCUCUUCUCGAGCUCGCCUCUAACCCCGACGUGCAGAAGAAGCUUGUCGAUGAGGUCGCAAGCGUCCUCGGAACAUCCUCAGACUGCGAUCUCUCUGAAGGCUUCAACGCCGACGAAGUGGAGAGGAUGCCAUACUUGGAAGCGGUGGUCAAGGAGACUCUUCGACGGCACGCGGCGAUCCAUUCCGGGUUAUUCAAACCCGCGCAUGACGAUAUGAUCCCGUUAUCAACGGCGAUUGAUACACCCGAAGGGUUGUCGGAUAGGGUAUGUGUAAGAGCAGGACAGAGUAUUAUCGUCUCAUUCGACGGGUUUAACCGAUCAGAAGAGAUAUGGGGUCCGGACGCGAACGAUUUCUGCCCUGAGCGCUGGAUCCAGUCUGAAGCAAAUACCGUCGAGCCUGGAAAACAAUGCGGAGGGAUGUAUGCUAACUUAGCUACGUUUGGAGGUGGUCCUAAAGGGUGUAUCGGAUGGCGUUUCGCAGUACUCGAGAUCAGCAUAUUCAUCGCCGCCAUCAUCCGGGAUUUCGAGCUCAGCGUCAGUCCCGACUGGGAACUAUGGAGAGACCCGUCUUUUAUAGCUACUUUCCCGAUGGAGAAAGGACGAUGGAAAGACGGUCCUCGAGCUAUGAUCAGAGUUUCCAAGCGAAACAAAAAUAGCAAGAGGGUAGACUAG